CCAGCUUAAAGGCUCGCUUCUUCUUUAGUAGCUGAUAUCUGGAGUUAGCUAUUGCCAUGCAAUGGUAUCACUUUAAUGAUGCUAUACUAGAAGGUGGAAUCCCGUUCAACAGGCCAUAUGGGAUGAUGACAUUUGAAUACCCGGGGACGGAUCAGAGGUUCAACUGGGUGUUCAAUCAGGCUAUGUCCAACCACACUGCCUUGAUUAUGAAGAAAGUUCUUGACGUUUACAAAGGAUUUGAAGGGUUGAAAGUGUUGGUUGAUGUUGGCGGUGGAAUUGGUGUUACUCUUGAUGUCAUCACUUCUAAGUAUCCUCACAUUAAAGGCAUUAAUUUUGAUUUGCCUCAUGUAUUAGCUGAGGCACCUACGUAUUCAGGUGUAAGGCAUGUGGGUGGAGAUAUAAAUGGUACAUAUCAUGCAUCUGCUGAUGAAGAGAAAUGAUGACAA